AUGGCGCCAUCAUCCCUCACCCACAACUCCUCUCUCCUCAUUAUUGGAGCUGGUACUUGGGGCUGCUCUACAGCGCUGCAUUUAGCUCGCCGCGGAUAUGAGAAUGUGACUGUUCUCGACCCUUACGCGGUACCAUCACCGAUUGCAGCUGGGAAUGACGUGAAUAAGAUCAUGGAGCACAAGGAGUUGAAGACGAAGGAUCCAGACGCGCGAAGCGUUGCAUCAGCAACUUGCAGUCGAGCAGCAUUACAAGGCUGGAAAACCGAUCCAGUGUUCCAACCAUAUUUCCACGAAACCGGAUUCAUCGUUUCAGGACAUACACCAGCCUUGAUCCGACAUAUCAAGGAAGAGGAAAUCGAUCCCACAGACGCGAACUUCACAAAGCUGGAGACGGCAGAAGACUUCCGAAAAACAAUGCCACCUGGUAUCUUGGCGGGAGAUUUCCCAGGCUGGAAAGGCUGGCUCAGCACUGAUGGGGCUGGUUGGAUUCACGCGCGCAAGGCAAUGGUUUCUGCAUAUACCGAAGCUCAACGGCUAGGCGUCACAUUCAUCACUGGAUCGCCAUCCGGAAAAGUGGCAACAUUAGUAUACGAAAAUGAUGAUGUGAUCGGUGCUCAAACAGAGGAUGGGUUCAUCCAUCGUGCAGACCAUGUUAUAUUAGCUGCAGGCGCAGCUAGCGAUCGCUUAUUCGAUUUCGAGAAACAGUUACGCCCAACCGCUUGGACAUUAUGCCAUAUCCAGAUGACGCCCGCGGAAGCACAGCAGUACCGAAACUUGCCACCUGAUGAAGAUAAGCAUGAGCUUAAGAUCUGUGAUGAACAUCCAGGCUAUUGCAACUUCGUUUCGGAUCCUCUGCAUAAUGGAGAGACUCGAAGUAUUCCCUUCGCUAAGCAGCAGAUUCCUAUUGAGGCAGAGGCACGAGCAAGGGACUUUCUGAGAGAUACGAUGCCAUACCUCGCAGAGCGGCCACUUACGUUUGCUAGAAUUUGCUGGGAUGCGGACACACCUGACCGGGCAUUUUUGAUUGAUCGACAUCCUAAGUAUCGUUCUCUACUUGUUGCAGUUGGGGGAUCCGGGAAUGGUGCAAUGAAGAUGCCAUCUAUUGGUGGGUUUAUUUUUGCUGCAUUGGAAGGAACUCUACAAUCCGAACUCAAGGGCGUUUUCCGAUGGAGGCCAGAAACGGCGGUGGAGCGAGAUUGGCAUGCAACACAAAAUCGCUUUGGAGGACCAUAUAAAGUUAUGGAUUUCCAAAGUAUUCAUAAUGAUGAAUGGACGUGGAUAGAGGAUGGCAGUACGUGA